AACAGCACAACGGCAAAACAGCGCCUCGAAUUGAAUCGAAAAGAAUUAGAAAGGGCGUGUGUUGGCCAGAUGAGUUCUUGCUAGUUCGAUUUGAUGCGUUAGCAGACGACGUUUCAAGUUCAAAUUAUUUAACGUUGUGUUCAACUGGAAAAGCCCAGCUUCCGAGUGAGGCCAGCGAUAAAAACGCUACAUUUCCCGUACUUAAGGACAAAGGCAAACGAGUUCCCGAAACUCCAAGCGUGUUGGUGUUUGUAUUAGUGCCACAGUUUCCAUUUCCAGCCCGUGCACUACAGUAACAGGAAAAAGUUUUGAUUUAAUGCGCAGCAGAAGAGGUUUUGCUUGUGUUUAAUACGCGCAGAUAGUUCCAGCUGUUUACAUUGUUGACGCGUCCCGGAAUUCUCGUAUCAAAUUUUGCGUUUUCCGGGUCGAAUUACUUCAGUUGUAAAGUGAACAAACCCCAUUGCACCGCUGGUGAAAAGUGCCGUGACGUUGGUGGAAAAUUUGAGUGAAAUAAGUUUUGGGAUUGUUCGCUGGCUGACGGGGGGAGAAAAAACAGCCUGCGCCAUUACGUUGUAAACAAAGCGUACGUCGUACGUGGUGUGUCGCGUUUCUACGGAAGGUGCGUCAACUGUGUGAGUGUGUGUGAGCGUCUUUUGUCUUUCCAGCGGUGCACGGUGCGACUGUGUGCGUGCGUUGGAAAGUGGUCCGAGGCGAGUUUGUUGUUUUUCAGCGCGCCUACGUGACGCAGCGCGCGAACGCUUUGGGGAGUGUUUGUGUGGGUGUGUGAGUGUGUGUGUGUGUGUGUGUGUGGUGGAAACGCCAACGGCGAAGUAACGUCGCGCGUUCUUUGUUUACAAAACAGCAGCCCUCAUACUCCAGUAGGUACGAGAAACUGCGGAACAUUCGUCCGACAACGUUUGGUUUGGUGUGUGCUGCGUUUGGCAAACCAAAGGUGCCGUGUCGUCGAUUCGGUGCAGCUAGCAGGCAGGAGUAAAGUAAACGAUUAUGUUCCGUACGAUAAAUUUAUCGAGCGACAAAAGCAGUCUAGUGAGCAGCAGUAGCAGCAAAGCGGCAAUGACCACAUCCACCAGCAGCCAGCUGGCAAAGAUGGGCCCGGAGGAGCUUGGAGAGUCCUGGAUCGAGCUGUCGUCCAACACGAGCCCGAAUGGCGGUGGAGCAACCGGCACCGGAGCAGUGGGUAGCAGCGGUGCCGCCAUCAACAAUCUCACCGGUGCCACGACACUGUCCGGCACGGUUGGAACCAAGAGCCCAGACCGGACGGUGCCACCGUUGGCGUUUGCGUCGGUCGAAGAGUACAUAAGACUGUUGCGGGAGGCUCAGCGCGAAUCGAAGGAAUCGAGCCGCAUCCCAUCACUGCGUUCAAGCCCCAAAUCACCUCCAAACAGCCCGAACACGGAGCUGGCCGCCACCGAGGAAGAUCUCCGAAAUGUGUACAUCAACUACGUGAACAAGGAUGGUGACAUUGUGAAAGAUAGCGAUUGGAUCUGGGACUGGAGCAGUCGGCCGGAUCAGCAACCUCCGAAACUGUGGAAAUUCGAACAUCCCAAUCAAACGCAGGAGGAAAGAAAUAAACCUAUCCACGCCGGCUAUUCCAUACGGCAGGUCCGUGUUGGCAAAAAUUCCCUGUUCUCGCGGGAGUUUCUAUACUCGAUUGUCCUAACGAACGUAUUGUCACUGUUGCUUGGUGCCGGCAUUGGCGCUUGGCUACAAAAGCGGGGCCUGUUGCUAACCCGCAUUUCCAUUGAGUAAGAUGCGGUAAAGAUGAUGCGCCCAAUAUAGAACCCACUUUGAAGGAGGGUGUCCCCCCGCACACGAAUAGCUUGAUACUCCCAAACAAGCGCUUAUCCGAUAUGGCGUGUGCGAACGAUAGAAUUAAUCUUUCCCAAAAUUGGCUACUAGAAAUCCGGACAACAUCACACACACACAGACACUAGCUGCUGUGAUUGUGUAUGCAGUAGAAAGCAUUUAUCACUUUUUGGUGACGCGCAUGGAACGGAGAUUCAUCGUAUGGUUUUGUGUGUGUCAAAAUUAAAGGGACUAUCAAGGGGAAAGGAUUAAGAGCCAGCGAAACGACUGACGGUGGGGCCCCAAAUAUUAUGACGCAAAGGUGUGGUGAGAAUGGCGAGCGAGCAAACGUGAACGCACUUUGGCGUUGGAAGAAUCUUAUGGUAGUAGAAAAUGUGUGAUCAAACCAAAACAAACGUAUGAAUUUGAACAUGUUUAGGCAGAGGCGGGAAGGAGAACCGGAAGACGGAGACCAGACACUAGGUGUCUGCACAUUUCAUGUGACAUUUAAUCCUCGUUUUCAUCAGGAGGGGCGCGAAUAGGCGAUCCCGAUUUGCGGAACAGUCCAACGUAUUUCUUUCGGUUAGGAUUAAGCUUGGAAAACAGAAGGGGCGAUUAAUCGCUUUAGAGGAAAAUGUUAGGGAAUAGAGAUGGGACGCUAGAUUUAGGCAGAAAUUGUCUGAAAAAAAUAGAACGAGAUUAAACAAAGAAAUGGAGUGAAAAGGUUAGAGCGAUCGCCCAAUAGGUUAGUAGUAGCGGCACCUAAUACGUGCACGCAUCAAUCGAGGGAACACAAAGUGGUAAGAUUUCGAGCACGAUUUCCGUCAACAAGGGCCAAGCGAUGUGGGAGGACGAAAAACGCGCGACAGUAGAUUUGAUACGAUCAGGGAUUAAUACGGAAGCAAUGUAAUUCACAUUCGAGUAAAUUCCAUUUUUUCUUAUAACAUGUAGUCGGCAGUUUUACAGACGUGUGUGUCGAGAGACGAGUAAACAUAUUGUCCGGUACACAA